UGAGAUGGCUGUGGCUUAAUAAACUGUAAAUUAACAUUUAGUAGCACAGAGAAAAUGUGCAAAGAAAUCGUGGUCUAUUCGAUCGUGGUGAAUUCUUUCUCGAAGCGCUAGCUCUUGACUGUUGCAUUCUCUGUAUUCUGUUUGUUCACGACACUUAUUCGGUAUACAUUUCCAUGUCAGCAGCACUGUGUAGUUGGACAAUCGUGAUUGGAGCAUGCGCUGAUAUUCGUUUCUUUAGCCAUUCUGACUUCGGGUCGGCGGUAAUCAUUGCCCUGCAUUGCCCGUGAUUAGUUACUUUACUGUGUUUGGUUAUAGUGGUAUACUUUUUUGAAGGACUGCGCGAUAUGUGCUUCAUGUGCGUUUGUUAAUAUUAUAUUUGGAAUGCACGGGACAUCGAAGCGGACUCAACACAUUUCUACGCUUCACCGAUUGAUCGAUCGAAAUACUUGCUAACCGAGGUUUUUACUUGUUCACGAGAGACUACGAAAUUACAUUUGUGUAUAUAUCUAUCUGUGUGUACCUCUAUGUAUGUGUACGUAUAUAUGGUGUCGCGUUUCAUCGGUUUACGGCGUACCGAACAUUGGAUGCAAACAUUUUUCAGUGGAAUGAUAGGCGUGCCACUAGAUCAGACAAAUGUGCGCUAGCACUGACAGCAUAUCAUCAGCACACUCAUCGCAGCUAAACUACUAAAGAAGAAGAAGCAGCCCUUAAAAUUUUCUUAAGGCCUAGGUGUGGUUAUAAUAACAUCAGUCACAAAAUGGCAGAGGAAUGCAACGAUGUUAAGUCGGCAGGUCCGUCUUCACCACGAAGUCCACAGAACAGCAUUGCAGGGGGGAAACCAAGCAGUCCACAGUCCCCUAGACAACCAAGACGUGUGAAGCUAACACAGCAACAAUUGGAUGCCAUGACAAAGGACGAGCUAGCAGCCAAGUGGCAUGAACAGGACUUGUAUGUGGAGUGUCUAGAGGCCCAGGCGGCAGCCCAGGAAGGUGAACUAACUUCGUUGAGAGAAUCUGAAAGCAAAUACAGGCAGCAACAUGCAGAAGCAUCUCAUAGAGAGAAAAUCUUAGUGAGGAGACUUGCUUCUAAAGAACAGGAAUUACAGGAAUAUAUUAAUCAAAUCGCUGAAAUGAAAGCUGCUCAUGCUCCGUCCGCUGCUGCAUUGAGAUCUGCUUUGCUAGAUCCAGCUGUAAACAUUCUUAUUCAGAAAUUAAGGCAAGAACUUGUUACAACCAAGGCGAAAUUAGAAGAUACCCAAAACGAACUGAGUGCGUGGAAAUUUACACCAGAUAGCAAUACGGGAAAACGGUUAAUGGCAAAAUGCAGAUUACUAUAUCAAGAAAAUGAAGAAUUGGGUCGUAUGAUUGCUAGUGGUCGAAUUGCUAAGUUGGAAGGUGAUCUUGCACUUCAGAGAAGCUUCAGUGAAGAAAUGAAGAAAUCACAGUCAGAGUUGGACGAAUUCUUACAAGAUUUGGACGAGGAUGUAGAAGGAAUGCAAAGCACAAUUUAUUUCUUACAACAGGAACUACGUAAAGCUCGUGAAUCGGUAACGUUGUUACAACAAGAGAAUGCAGCGCUAAAGGUGAAUUCCAGUGAAAAUAACUUGACAAACGGUUUGUCUCCACAUACUCCACCAAUUAAGAAAGAAGAGUUAGAAGAGAAUUCAGUUUCGGAAACAAAAACUUCGAAGUCAGCGGAGGAUAGUGAUGUGUGCAAAGGUGCUAGGACUCCACUGUUAUCAUCCGGACGGUCGCCUCAGUGUGAGUUUUCUAGUACUGAAAGAACAGAGCGAGUAGAAAGGAAGCCUAAUCAAGCGGACCAUAAUGACGAGAGCUCGAGUGAUUCAGCUGCAUUGAUUAUUAAAGUUGAGAAUGAGGAAUUGAGUGAUAGGGAGGAGGAACACGAAGAAAAUCGAAAUACCAAAAGGAUAUUAAGGAGCAAAAGUCAUAAUAGAAGUAAUAAUAAAACUAAUGGGGAAGAGGUGCUAACUAGAACAACGAGGGGUAGGGAUAGGACCAAAAGGGACAAAAGUGCUCCAGGUAGUGACGAUGAAAGGACACACAAGAAAAAGAGGAGGGAAAGUAUCCUUUCUCUCGAUUAUAACGAAGCUGACGAUGACGCAUUGGUUUUAACUAAUGGUGAGACGCUUCAGAGCGACCCAGAAUGAACUGUUUUCUAGAAUGAUUUUAUACACAUAACAUUUGUUACAUAUGAAUCGGGCUUAGCGUGACUUAGUAUACAGUACAAGUUAAAUUUAAUAUCCUAUAUUUCUUUGGUUACUUGAAAAUCAUAAUGUGGCGUCACCUAAAGUAUAGAUCCCAUUGACAGCAAUUUUGUCUUAUUUUACACAAUGUAUCUGUAAAUAUGUUUCUUAUUUGAAUAUUCAUAAGUCACGUUAAUGUCAAGAAAAUUACACAUUAUUACAUAUAGUUGUAUGUACACAACAUAACGCGGCGAUGGAAUAAAGGGGUAGAUAGUUAAAACUAUUUUUUUUUUUUGCAAUCGAGUCGCAUUGAAAUUUCUAAUAAUUAUUCAUUAUUAUGUAAACAGAUGCAUCGAUGUUUUUAAAGAGCGCAUUGUAAAUUCGUUGAAACAUUGAUAACCCUUGUUAGAUUUUUUGGAAGAAUCACAAAGUAUAUAAACAGUAAAACAAUAAUUAAGGCUAUGCCUUUUCCAUUAUGUAAAUACACAAAUGUUAAUAAUAUCUGAUAUGCGACGGACGCACAUACGUAGACUUAUACAUGAUUAUGUGCGCAAUAAUUUGUAUGUAUGUAUUGUUUUUUCCAUUGUGAGAGACCCGUACCAAGGUAUGCGUUACUCGUACAUAAAAUGUGCUUUGAAUUGUGUAUAAUAAAAUUGAGGUCUAUUUGUUAGAUUUAUUAAAUAUCUGUAAAUUAUAUGAAAUACAAGACAACGUUAAUUUCAGUAUACCGUGCGGACUGACAUCGUACGUAACGAAACAUCACUCUUGUAUUUCUUUUCUUUCAUCAACAAAUGUAGAAAAUAU